AUGAGCUCGACAAACAAGAGUUGCAAAGAUGAGGAGGGUGAACCAGUAGACACAAAGCUGUACAGAGGAAUGAUCGGGAGCUUACUAUACCUCACGGCUAGUCGACCAGAUCUAAGUCUGAGCGUGGGGAUAUGUGCUAGGUAUCAGGCAAAACCUAAGAAGUCUCAUCUGGAGGCAACUAAGAGAAUCAUUCGAUAUGUCAAAGGUACGACUAACCUUGGGAUCUACUACUCAAAGGGAUCGAAUGGAAAUCUUCCUGGAAACUGCAAUGCAGAUUGGGCAGGAAAUGUAGACGACCGGAAGAGUACCAGUGGAGGAUGUUUCUUUCUCGAAAACAACAUGAUUGCAUGGUUAAGCAAGAAGCAGAACUCUGUAUCAUUGUCUACCGCAGAAACAGAAUACAUUGCCAUGGGGAGUUGCUGCACGACUAUGGCAUGGAUACUGGAUCAUUUCUGGUCUACUGUGACAACAAGAGGACCAAGCACAUUGACAUUCGACAUCACUACAUCAGGGAACUAG